GCAGCACCCUUGAGAUUAGAGAAAUAGUUUCGAUUCUGUUUUCCCCAUCAGGGCGGAGCCCUCUCUGGUUUGUUAGUACUCAGGCUCACUUCCUGUUCUCAGCUGUGGGCCACAGCAAAUAGUCCGGAAGCCUGUGCAGACACCAAGGCGUCCGAGCUCACUGUCCCAGACCCCAGGCAGGUGUUGGAAAAUGGAAGGGAACAGCUUCAGCUCCAGGAUGUCCAGUGAACAUGAGAAUACAGAGACGUUUCCCUUUGAACUUAUAUUUCAACACUUCAAGAGACAGAAAGUGGCAAUUUCUAAUGCAAUAAAAAAUCCAUUUCCUUUUCUUGAGGGCCUCCGAGAUCAUGAAUUAAUCACUGCUAAAAUGUAUGAAGAUCUUCAAGAUUCGUAUAGAGCCCUGGUCCGUGUACAGGAAGUGAUCUACAGAGCCCUGGAUAAACUGGAGAAGAUAUUCAGCAUGAAGGUCCUCUAUGAAGUAUUCAGUAAUGUCAACAUGGAGAAAUAUCCAGAUUUGCAACUCAUUUAUCAAAGCUUUGAACGUGUGUUACCAAAUGGAUUGUGUUUCCAAAGGAGUGAUGGAGGAGACCCAAACUCCCAGCUGAGUCUUGAACAAGGACCUAAUGGCAGCUGUUCUCAAGCAACCCUGACCUUGUCACCCUUCAAUCACUCCUUUUCUGACGGCUGGGGAAGUAAUGAUAGACUAAAUUCCAGCCUCACCCAUGGAAACCAAAGUGAGAAUCAUCAACUCCCCGGAUCACCAAAUCACCUUGUUUCGAGUCUUGAAGAUGGACUCUCAGAAACUGUACAGACUAGCAGAGUGAGAAGAGAGGCCACCACCAGCACUACGAACAAUACUAAUGAAUCAGCAAGGAAAUGCUCGACCCUGCUUAGAAGCCCAGGUUCUGUGCUAGAGGAUGCCUGUGAAUUCCAAGUCCAACUGAACAACAGAGAUGCUAGCCCAGAGCCUUACAGCCUACAGCCCAGCAAUGAAGAGAGAGCUGUGCAACUCAACCAUGACCUCCAAAUUAAUCCCUGUUCUGUGCGGCUGGUAGAUAUAAAGAAGGAAAAUAUAUCAUAUUCUUUGGAUGAUAACCAACAGACCCAAGCAAGGACUAACGAAAAUCAGGGCUCUGAGAUAAUAGAGCUCAGCAGUGAUGAGGAUUCUAAUGAUGAAAUCAACUUGUCAGAAGCCUCUACCUUAAUCCUCUCCAAGCCAGGUCCGGCACCACAGGGCCCCAAGAUAUCUGAGACUGCACAUUCCAGACAACCUCCCACACCAAGAACAUACAGAAGAGGAGAUACUUCUGAUACCAGCAGCUCAAGCCUCGAUAGAAGACGGAAAAGGACAGGACGAAUGUUGAGUAGCUCCUCUUCUGAACUGAGUUCUGGAGAGGAAUCUGAGGAAUUUCUAAGAAGUGGAUCAGGAAGAUUAGGAUGCCCAGCCUCGGCCCACUGGAUGGCAGGAGUUUGAUGACCAAAAGCCGCUAUGACUAGAUGCAUUUUGUUCUAAGCGUGAUAAUCACUGUGCAUCCAGUUAUCUGGGGGCCCCUUUCAAUUCUAGAAAGUGCAGGAGGCAGGAAAUGACCAUGAACUCAUGUUUAACAAGUGGAAUCCCAUCAAUUGAAUGUAUGUGCUUACACAUUGCUGAUAUGGAAGAAAUAAAUAGCAGGAUAAUGGCUAUUUGUUUUACACUCAACCACCAUGCUUACUGUGGUGGUUUGCAUGGGAAUGACCCUCACAGGCUCUUGUAUUUGAAUGGUUUGCCAUUGGCUACUUGAGAGGGAUUAGGAGGUGUGGCACUGUUGGAGUGGAUAGGAGGAAGUAUGUCACGAGGGGUAGUCUUUGGGAUUUCAAAUGCUCAGGCCAGGCCCAGUCUCUCUCCCUAUUGCCUGCUGAUCCAGAUAUAGAAUUCUCAAAUGCCUCCCUAGCACCAUAUCUGCUUGCAUGCUGCCAUGUUUUCUGCUGUGACAGUACUAGACUAAACCUCUGAAACUGUAAGCCAGCCCCAAUUAAAUGUUUUUCAUUAUAAAAGUUUCUGUGGUCAUGGUGUCUCUUCCCAGCAAUAGAAUAUUGCUAAGAUUUCUACUAGCACAAAGAUCCUAUGUUCAUAGGGUCGUUUGUAAUUGUAAAAGACUCAAAAUGCAACCAGCCAGGUGUUGAGGUUUGGUCUUUUGCCAGCUCUUGUAAUGCUAAGUGUGGACCCCCAAGACCUGGAGUCUGCAUAUAGCCCCUGUGAUCCUACUCCCAAGUUAUUUCUGAUUGGUAAAUAAAGAUGCCAACAGCUAAUAGCUGGGCAGAAGAGACAUGGAUGGGGUUUAGUUUUCCUGGGCUUGGGGUCAGAGAGGAACCACAGGGGGAGAAGAAGACAAUGCAAGAGAACACAGAAACAGCCAUGGGUGAGGAGUAAAAAAAGGUGACCCUGUGGGCUGGCCAAUUGGAGUUAAGAGCAGCCCAGAUGAAACAUAAUAAGUAAUAACUUGGGGUUAUCACUAGGAAAUAGAUUCUAACAACAGAGAGAGUAGUAUCUGCCUUAUCUGCCCUGCUCUCGUGCUGGUUAGGGCUUAUUGUAAAUAUAAAGGUUGUGUGUGUCUUUCAUCUGGGCACUUAAAUAGCCAAGGUGGGGUAGAAACCUCAGGCUGGAAAUAAAUUUUACAACAGCCAAGUGUUGUAAUUAUUGACACUAAAGUUCCAGAAGGACCAUUGUCAAAUUUAGUAUAGUUUUUGAUAGAUGCUUUUCACCAUCUAGUUAGUUAAUAUUAUGUUAUCUCAACGUACUUUUGCCAAGAUCAUAACAGCCUUGAGAUUUAGGCAGGCUAACUCUUGCUGUUCACAUUUUGAGCAGAGGAAAGUGGUAUUCAAAUGUGUAAGAGUUAAAAACAAAUGAGGAAGACCGAGAGCUCUAUCUACCCAUGUGUCUCACACUUAGUGGCUAUUGUGUGUGAAAGCUGUUUCCAUGGUCAGAAUCUGAAAGGUAGUUGGGAACCCAGACUAUUCAGUUAAAUGUUUCUGAACAUUAUAUAACCAAGAAAGCGUAUUUAAUAACAAUUUUAAAAACAUGUAAGGGGAUAGCAAGAUGGAUCAGUGGAUUAAAGGGAUUACCACUCAAGUGUGAGCACUAGUAUUCAAUAUAGAAACCAGGAAGGCAUGGCAGCCCACUUUCCACUGUACAGGAGGCAGAGAUGGGAUCCUUAGACACGAUGACUAGCUAGACUAGCCAAAUCUAGCAAGCUCCAGGGGUCAUUGAGAGCCCCUGCCUCAAUAAAUAAAGGGGAGAAUGGUGGAAGAUGCCAAUGUCAAUUUCUGGCCUCCUUGUGUAUACACACACACAUGUAUACCACAUACACAUGCAUGCGCACAUGCACACACACAUACACACAGGGCCUAGGGACAAAACUCACUUAAUAAAGUAUCUGCAGGGACCUACAUUUGAUCCCCCAAAUCUUGUUCUUUUUAAAAUGUACCAUAUACUUAUAACCUCAGCGGAUGUGGAGACAGGAGGAUCCUGGGCCUCACUGACCAGCCAGGUUUGCCUACCUGGUAAGUCCAAGGCAAGAGAAAGAUCCUGUUCUAAGAAACCAUUGUGGAGUGAGAUUUCAGAAUGACACCUAAGUUUGUCUGUCCCCUGACCUCAACAUGCAAUGUCCAUAUCUAUCUGCACAUAUGGACAGGUACAUUCACAGAUCCUAAGGUAUAUUUAUAAUAUGUGUAAGAUACAUUAGAAAUAUGGUUGUACCUACAUGUGUAUGAUGCAUGUGACUAUCACAGUGACCACUACUACUGGCCUCACAAUGAACACUACAACUGAACUGAUGACUUUAAUUAUCACGAUGGUCAUCUGAGACCUACUAACCAGCUUAACGAACACAACAACUGACCACCUCAAUAGCCAUGUCAGUCAAUGUGGUUGUCAUUAGGGUGGUGAGUUGUAGUGGUCACUGUGGUGGUCAUUGAGGGGGUCAGUUGUAGUGUCCACUGUGCCAGUCAGUAACGGUCAAUGGUGUAGCCAUUGAGGUGGUUGGUUAUAGCACUUACUGUGAUGGUCAGACGUAGCGGUCAUUGAAGCGGUCAGUUGUAGAGAUUGCAGUGAUGGCCAGCCAUAUUGGUCCCUAUGGCAGUCAUUGGCGUGGUCCAUUGUAAUGCUUACUGCAAGGCUUACCCAUAGUGGUCAUUCUCUGAAUGAGUGAAUGAAUGGAUGGAUGGAUGAAUGAAUGAAUGAAUGAAUGAAUGAAUGAAUGAAUGGAGACAGAAAAAAGAUGACCAUAAAAAAGAAGGAACAGAGGCCACAAUUUUGUAUACAAAAUUCCCAGAAAUGAUUGACAGGGGAACAGCAAAUCAGAGAGCUGUGGGCAAAAAAGCAGCACAGGAAUCAGGAGAUGUGAGAAUGUCAGGCUGUUGCCUGUGUGGACGCAGAGCAGCAGGCAGGAAGUGUAGUAGGAUGAGGUAUGGUCUGAAAAAAAGACUGGAGCUCUGUUGGAUGGGGGUAUAGUUAAUGGGAAGCUGCGUGUUUUCUCCUCAGAUCGUUUGAGUGGCAAACAUUCUGCAGGAUCAUGCUCAGGGUGUUCCUGGGUCACAUCUCCAAUCCCCAGUCUAUCAUGUCAUCACACCUGAUGAUAAAUCCAAACCUCUUCAGUGAACACAGGAAGAGAGUUGGAAGGGAUACAGCCUAUUAGGGUAUGGUGGAGACGCUAGCUACAGUGUCUGUGAACUUUGUUUCCCUCGAGGGAACCAAAAAGGACUUAGCUGGGCUCCUUGAUGGAGCGGGAACUUGGUAGGUGAUGUAAGCAGAAAGAACAGGAAAGGCGUACCUCUCAGGUGUACCAGAAUCAUCCAGAUAAAGCCUGAGACUGACAGGUGUGCGGCACAGAAUUAUCUGCAAAAAUGACAGAGAUGGGGGUUGGGGAUUUAGCUCAGUGGUAGAGCGCUUGCCUAGGAAGCGCAAGGCCCUGGGUUCGGUCCCCAGCUCCGAAAAAAAGAACCAAAAAAAAAAAAAAUGGCAGAGAUGAUAAUGUGUUCCCUGUGAGAGGAGAUGACCUUUGGUUGCCCUGACAGCAGUGACCUGUGAGGUGAAACAACGUAGAUGAUGGAGACGGGGACAAAGACAAAGAUUAACAUAAAAAAGCCCCCAAAUCAAGAUAAGAAUGAAAAUAGAUAAGAAUAAAAUAGAAAGCAGAAAGGAAGAUUAUGCUGGGCAGUUUUCUCUCAACUUGACACAAGCUGAAGUCAUCUGAGAGGAAGACCCCUCAAUGGAGAAAAAUGCCUCCAUAAAGUGGGGCAUUGUCUUAUUAGUGACUGAUGGGAGAGGACCCAGCCCCUUGUGGGUGGUACCAUCCCUGGGAGCGUGGUCUUGGGUUCUGUAAGAAUGAAGACUGAGCAAGCUGUUGGAAACAAGCCAGCAAGCGGCACCCCUCCAUGGCUUCUGUAUCCGCUGCCUCCAGGUUCCUGUCCUGCUGGAAUUCCUGUCCCAACUUCCUUCUGUGAUGAACAAUGAUGUGGAAGUUUAAGCGUUUAAGCUGAACAGACCAUUUCCUCCCAAAGUUGCUUUUGGUCAUGGUAUUUUAUCACAGCAAUAGUAAUCCUAGCUAAGACAGAAAUGGAAGUCGAAACAGGGUCACAUCAUCAAGAAAAGAUCCAGAGACGUGAGCAUAGAGAAGUAGGCAGAAUAAAAUGUACACAAAUAAUAAAGGGGUGGCCUAGAACCUAGAGGUGAGAAAGAUGUAUUGGGGAAGUGGUAUAAAUAGGAAAGAGGAGAGAAAAGAAGAAACCACAGGGGAGGCCCGCAAAGGCAUCUGGGUACAAAGGUGUAGCUAAUCUGGGGUUUCACUGUACAGUUCUGAGGCACCAGAGUAGCCCUGUGGCUCACCCCGAUUAUAGUAAGCUUUACCUCAGUAUUUCAUCCACCCUUGGGCCGCAGAAAUCAACCACAACCUAGCAGUCCUUAAACACAAGUCUGUUUUCUGAACUCAGUGCCCAGAGCCUCUGUCCGAGGUACUGAUGUUUUUAACCUUGGAUGUCUCUCACAAACUUCCAACUACAGAUUCAGUGUUUUUGAAACCAAGUCCAUCAUCUGGGCCACCAUUGUUUCUAGAUCUAAUAAACUACAUAUGUAAAUUGGAGAUUAUCACAAUCAUUUAGGAGUGGAAGAUAUGCAGUGAGGAACCACAAAGGGAAAUGUAUCUCAGAGGUAGAGUCAUCCUUCAACACAGACAUGUGGAGUGUUAUUAAUGUUUGGGGGUCUUUAGAGGGGACAAAAUAAAAAUCCCUUGCCAACUGCAAUUAGAAGCAGGAGUAGAGAUGGCAAACGUUUGUGUCCCAUGUGAUUCCCAAAGGGUAUGCAGAAAGGAUAGUUUGGAAGAUGACAAGCACCUAACGGGUGGACGAGUGUACCCCAGGGUCUUAGGACAGAGGUGGUUUACAAAUCACAGGCACUGUGGCAGGUGACCAUGGUUCAAAAAGAAAAUCAGACUGGCUUGGGGACAGCCCCUCAGCCACAGGAUGUUAGAAACCUGAAACCAGUUCCCGCUCGCGCUACACUUGGUCGAGCACUUUGUCUCAAGGACUGGGUCCAGUGAGUUCAGACCCCAAGACCAAUGUAAAAAGCUGAAAACCAUGGCCCACACUUGCUAUCCUAGAGAUGGAGAAGCGGAAACAGAAGUUCCUGUGGGCCUGCUCACCAACUAGUUGAUGUGGUUGCAAGCUCCUGGCUCAGUUGAGAGGCCUUGUGGCUUAAGAUAAAUAAUGUGAAGAGCAAGGGAGGAAGAUACCUGAUACAGACACAUACACACAUGUUCAUGCACACACACAUACACACAUGUACAUGCAUACACAUGUGCAUGUACACACACAUACACACAUGUGUAUGCACACACAUGUUCGUCAUGCACACACAUGUACAUGCACACACAUACAUGUAUAUUCACACACAUACACACAUGUUCAUGCAUACACACAUACACACAUGUACAUGCAUACACAUGUGCAUGUACCCACACAUACAUAUAUACAUGUACACACACAUACAUGUACAUGCACAUACACAUACAAACACACAUACAUGCCCCCAGGUUUUCCAAGCAGUAAUGCAAAUUGAUGUAAUAUUUGUGACUGUCAUUUAUACUUUACAGUUAUCAGACCGCUGUCUUUGCUUUGUAGAUACCAUAGCUGUUGGAAACAAUCCUGUUCUGGGGAGAGACGGAGGAAGAAGAAGUAA